GCACAAUUGUAAAGUGUGAUCGAAACUGUUUUGUGGCGCGUGAUUGAAUUCGAAUCGUUAUCCUGACGGUACUUCUCCCGUUUGCAUUGUAGAGCACCACUCCUGCGCAGUUACCGAAGACGGAAGAUAUCUCGAAGGAAACGGUUAACCAGACUACGUGUUGUGUAAUACACUUUCCUACUCGACCAUCGGUCUUCUCCCUGGUUUGCAUACUACAACAUGGCGACCCUGCCAGGAUCCCCGCGGAAAAUGUCGAAUUCGUCAAAUCGAAAGGUCGCCGUACCAAAGGAUCAGAGCGAAUUUGCCGGCUUGAAGCGCGAUGGAGAUCUGGCCAAACUUAGCAAUGCUACUCCGCAGUCUACCGAAGUCAGAUGUAUCCCUUCACUCCCUGCGCCGGAGAAAUUCUGCUUGGGAAUGACUUUCACCACCUGGUCGAAACACGCCAGAGCGUAUGUCAGACACUUCCCCAACGAAAUGAGAGGUUGCGUCUUGCUAGGACUCCUCUCAGGGGAGGCAUUGGACAUUGUGGCUGAUAGCGAUGUGCUGGAAAACGGGGUUGAUGACAACACGUUCGACGCACUGUCAAAACUUCUCGAUUCCCCGCUUCUGCCUACGCAGUGGAGGCAAGCUUUCCAUGCUCGCGUUCAGCAACCCGGUGAAACUGUACGGUCGUUCACAAGGGAGCUGCGGCGCCUCGGAGGAUACGCAUUUGCAGACGACGUUCCCGAGAUCCGGGAAAAACGAAUAUUGCAACAAUUCGUAGAUGGAGUCCGAAUACCAUCGAUUCGUCGUGAGUUGUUGUUAUAUCCGCCGGAGAGUUGGGGUGCGGCCGUGGAAUUGGCUGAGAAAUUGGAAAGAGUCGAUGCCGCCAUGCGUCCUACAUCAUCGUGUUGUUGUGCCGUGGGGAACCGUUGCGAACCUGAGUACAAGCUUUCAGAACCGAGAAUUGCGAAUCGUGGGCUCCCUCGCCCUCGACGCCCACACCAGCCCUAUUUCAGAGGAGCUCGCCCACGGCCACUGGAGCAAGGAUACCGUGAAACAUAUCCUGUCCACAGCAAACCAGAAGGUGAGCGACAUUCUGCAAUUUCUGAUUUCAUACCCGCUGUCACUUGCCCCUCGUCGGUGACUUUGUCGUUAACUUUAGAACUGCGAGUUUCCGGAAUCCCAUUGAUUGGUUUGAUCGACACUGGCGCCUGCAAAAGCUUGAUUAGGUCUGAUUCUACGUCACAACUAACUAACUGUACGCGGGCUCCCUGCCGUUACCGUUUGACCGCGGCAAACGGGGGAUCUCUCCCUGUUCGUGAAACAGUCACUGCUUUAGUCGAGAUAGCGAGUGAUACAUUUCACCACGAGUUCGUUGUUGCUGAUAGGAUACCUUUCAGUGUCAUCAUUGGAAUGGAUCUAUUGAGCCGGUUGAGAUGUAGAUUAGACCUGGAUAAGUUUCAGCUAAGCACGGAUACCUAUACCGUGUUGCUCAGGCCUUAUCGUGGUGACAAGGUAGAAACGUUUGCAAUCUGGGAGGAUACUGCUGAUAAUGAACAAUGCAUAAACGACUUUGUCUCAGCACUCGGCUCGCCUGUUGACAAGCGAACUUUGGAGAGAUUAAAAGAGAUAUUACGCAACCACUCUGAGGCAUUUGCCUGGCGCCCAGGAGAUAUAGGUCGGACCGGUGUCGUGAAACAUUCGAUUGAUACUGGUAGCGCGCGUCCAAUAAAGUCACCUCCACGACGGAUCCCGUUACACUGGCAGAGUGAGUUACAACUGCUUAUAGAUGAGAUGUUGAAAAAAAACGUUGUGCGUCCCUCCACUUCCCCCUGGGCUUCUCCGGUUGUGCUGGUCAAAAAGAAAGAUGGUGGUUUUCGGUUAUGCGUAGAUUAUAGACGAUUAAAUGAAGUCACUCGCAAGGACGCAUUUCCGUUACCUAGGAUCGAUGAUCUGUUCGACGCACUGGGAGGAUCGGCUUACUUUAGUACCUUAGACCUGGCCUCCGGUUACUGGCAGGUCGAAGUCGAGGAGACUGACCAAGCGAAAACGGCUUUUGUGGUACCGUCUGGUCUCUACGAGUUUCAAACCAUGCCUUUCGGGCUAGCAAACGCACCUGCUACAUUUCAACGCCUCAUGCAGCGAGUGUUAGAUGACUUGGUCCCCCAUAAAUGUCUUGUUUAUCUGGAUGAUGUCAUUGUCCAUGGGAAAACGAAGGAUGAUCAUUUGAGCAAUCUAGCAGAUGUGCUAUCGCGACUUAUCGACGUGGGUCUCAAACUUCAACCGACAAAGUGUCACGUGUUACAGGAAAAGGUGACUUAUCUUGGACAUAUCAUCUCGAGAACAGGUAUUCAGACAGAUCCCCGUAAAACCGAGCAAGUGAAAUCAUGGCCAAUACCCGUCAGCGUCGACCAGCUACGUAGUUUUCUUGGUUUGGCCUCAUACUAUAGGCGUUUUAUUAAAGGUUUUGCUGAGAUCGCCGCACCAUUGAAUGCUUUACUUCAAAAGAAUAGUCUUUUUGUGUGGUCUGCAGAAUGUCAGGAGGCGUUUGACCGGUUACGCGAGUCCCUCUGUAACCCCCCGCUUUUGGUAUUUCCCGAUAUAUCAACAUCUGCCGGAGAGUUUAUUUUAGACACGGACGCAAGUGACCACGCUAUUGGAGCAGUGCUGUCACAAAAAGGUACGGACGGAGUAGAACGAGUUGUGUCGUACGGUAGCCGGAGUCUCACCUCCAGGGAAAGGAAUUACUGUACAACCAGAAAAGAAAUGUUGGCCUUGGUAUUUUUCAUAAAACAGAAUCGGCAUUACCUUCUGGGGAGGAAAUUUGUGGUACGUACAGACCAUCAAUCACUCCGUUGGCUACAGAACUUCAAGGAUCCUGAAGGUCAGAUUGCGAGAUGGCAGGAACAGUUGCAGGAGUACGACUUCGAGUGUCAACACCGGCCUGGCGCUAAACACGCCAAUGCAGACGCCCUCUCCAGGAUCCCGAUCCGAAAUCACGGCGACUGCCCAUCCUGCAUUACACAACACGUAGCUCUGGUUAACCUUCAACGUGCGGAGUACGGGCGUUGGCAAGAAGCCCAAGCGUCAGACCCCGACAUCUCACUUAUUUACGAUAAGCGCCGUUCAGGAGGAGGCAGACCUACCUCGAAAGAAAUGGAGGGAAAGAGUUACGAAGCUCGUUGCUUGUGGGCGAUGUGGGAGAAGUUGUCCAUGGAAGAAGGGGUGCUAGUGUUUGAUUUCGGUCCAACUUACGCCAGAAGAAUCGUGGUCCCACGGACACUAGUUAGUGAAGUGCUGUCGGAGCUGCAUAAACAACUUGGUCAUGCGGGAAUCAACAAACUUGAGUCAGCAGCGCGUCAACGUUUCUGGUGGCCACAUCAGCGAAGAGACGUCAUAAAUUUUUGCCAGUCAUGUGAGACUUGUGCCACCUUUAAAAACCCACACAUUACCCAAAGAGCGCCACUACAACCUAUUGUAGCAGGAUACCCGAAUGAGAUAGUUGGUGUAGAUCUUAUCGGCCCUCUCCGAGAAACACCGCGAGGCAAUCGUUACAUUCUGGUAAUGGUUGACUAUUUUACAAAAUGGUGUGAGGCGGUUCCGCUCUCACAGGCUGAUACGGUGACAGUGACUACGGCGAUGGUAAAUCAGUGGAUCUGUCAGUGGGGUGCACCGGGACAACUGCACUCUGAUAGGGGAUCCAGCUUUGAGAGUUCGCUGGUACGAGAGCUAUGUAGAGUGCUCGGCAUAGACAAGACUCGAACGACGGCGUAUCAUCCCCAAGGCAACGGACAGGUUGAGCGCACUAAUCGUUCUCUGAAGCUGUUACUGAAAGCUUUCGUUGACCAGAAUAUCAGUGAGUGGGACACCAUGUUAUCCAAAUGUCUGUUGGCCUACCGGAGCACCGUUCAUUCUUCUACAGGGCAAACACCAUUUUUUAUGUGGACCGGAAGAGAAGUUCGAUUGCCUUCGGAUAUACGUCUACCAACUUCUCAGCAGCCACAUCCGUCAGUAACAGAGUACGUUAGCAAGCUGCUCAAUUCGCUUCAACAGACGCACCAAUCAGCACGUGUUCAUUUGGCGAACGCGCAUCGACGACAAAAAGACUAUUAUGACAAGAAGACUUUUGGGGUCCCUUUGAAGACUGGCGAUGUUGUGUAUCUGCAUCAGGUACCAGCAGCUGGAGUACCGACUAAGCUAUGUCAUGAGUGGGCUGGGCCGUAUGUCGUACAGCGCGUAAUAUCAGACCUAAACUGUGUCAUCAAGGACCCUAACAAUCCCGUCGCUCAACCCAUGAUUGUACACUUCAAUCGGCUCAAACCAUUCCAUACGGUGACUGGGCAAGUAGCUAUGGACUCAGACAAUCCGUCCACAGAAGUAGCGAUUGAAAUGGAAGUGCCGGCGAAAGGAGGUUACGGCGUGGCAACGAGGACGUUGCCCACUUAAAGGGGGGUGCAGUGUAAAGUGUGAUCGAAACUGUUUUGUGGCGCGUGAUUGAAUUCGAAUCGUUAUCCUGACGGUACUUCUCCCGUUUGCAUUGUAGAGCACCACUCCUGCGCAGUUACCGAAGACGGAAGAUAUCUCGAAGGAAACGGUUAACCGUAACUUCUCUUUUUCCUCUUUUACACUACUGAUUUCCUAUUAUAGAGACUACGUGUUGUGUAAUACACUUUCCUACUCGAC